AAGUGAUAACUGACUCUCACCAUCACCCCCUUCAGGAGGCAAAGGAUGAAGAUUUACCCGUAUUCCUAACGUACGACUGGUCUUGCUACCUGUAGAGCGAGUGAGGUACCCUCCGCGUCGGAAGCAUAUAAGCUUAAGGGAAGAGAGCGGCGGAAGGAGUUCCUGAAUCGAAUACAGUGGAAUGUAUCCUUGCAAUUAGGUCGGAAAUGAUUAAAUUGGGGCUUCCAAACUACACCGGGAGAAACAGAAUCAUAGUUCGGAAUGCAAACGAAUGCCAAGAAUGGUCUGUGACUCAAAUGACCAGUCAAAGACAAACAAAUACUCGUGGCUAGACUCAUGGCUGCAGCAAACAUUGACUCAUCGAGGUUAAGGGGGCCGGAAGACUGGCCUUUCCACCUCCAUAAGACUGUAACUUGAAAACGUCCAUUUGCCACAUCAGAAAGCGCAAUAUGAGGUCAGCAUCUGGGCUGAGGGCAAUUGCUACAUUCAGGAGGUGGUGGCAGUAUAAGGAGGAGGAAUGAAGAAGACCAACAUGUGUCAUCCAGAUUCCAGUUCAGGACCUAGGUAUACAAAUACCAAGGCGACUCCAUUCCUGCCUUCAAAAUGGCAAAUUACUCACGUAAUCGAGAGAGAGGGUGGUGUGUAAAGGACACAUAACUACUGACUUUCAUAGCAACGUGAUAAUGCUAGAUUAUGUGACCCUUUUCAACCCUGUAUCCCUAGAACAAAGGACUGUGCCUCGCAAAUAUGUGCUCAGUAAAUACUUGCUGAAUGGAUAAAACGGAGUUGUAUAGGCACAGAGAGGGCAACUGUGACGUAAUGGAGUUGUAAAAAGCGUCAGAGGAGGUACUAUUUGAGCUGUUUUGAAGGAUGAAUUUAAUCCCCAGGUGAAAGAGGAAUAAAAACAUCUCUGAAUUUACCUCUCUUCCGAGAAAUAUGUACUCGUUCUUUUUUUAUCCUGGAUCCAGAGGAGCAAAGCCUACCCUGCUUAGAGGGGGUUUAUCACCACAAUCAAGCAUCAAAUGGGCCUGAGGGCAACUGUGAAAAGUUCACUUGAAAUGUGCAAACUCACCUCCACUGUAAAAAUCUGCCUCUGAAUAAGUUAUAUGGAAACUAUGCAUCUUUUCAAAACUUUCAUGAGCCAGUUUUCUCCUGGAGCAAUUUUCCUCUUUUGUUCUUCAAGAUGGCCAUAACAGACGUUACAGCGUGGGCUGUAAGCGGGAGAAUAAAUAAGGUGUUCCAACCUUCUUCCGGAGCUAGCGACAGCGAUUCCGAUUUGAGCCCCGCCCCCUGGAGCCUGCGGGCGCUCGAUUGGUGGACGAUUCUCUCCAGGUGAGGGCCAACGCGAGAGUGGGCGGAGCCAGGCAAGGCACGUGAUUCUCCGGAGACUGGUGUGCCGGACCCCGGCCACCGUGUCGGCUCCUGGCUGUCGCGUUACCGGACAUCCCCUGAAGAGCUGCCAUGUCUGGGAAUUCUGCCCCUUCCUCAGAACAGAACAACAACAACUAUGAAACCAAAACAAAUCUACGAAUGUCAGAGAAGAAAUGUUCGUGGGCAUCCUACAUGACCAACUCCCCGACCCUCAUUGUUAUGAUUGGCUUACCAGCCCGGGGCAAAACCUACGUGUCCAAGAAACUCACACGCUACCUCAAUUGGAUUGGGGUGCCCACCAAAGUGUUUAAUCUUGGGGUGUAUCGGCGUCAAGCGGUCAAGUCCUAUAAAUCCUAUGACUUCUUCCGGCAUGACAACGAGGAGGCCAUGAAGAUACGCAAACAGUGUGCUCUGGUGGCGCUGGAGGAUGUGAAGGCGUAUCUCACGGAGGACAGUGGGCAGAUUGCGGUGUUUGAUGCUACCAAUACCACUCGAGAGAGGAGGGCCUUGAUUCUGAACUUUGCCGAGGAGAAUUCCUUCAAGGUGUUCUUUGUGGAAUCUGUCUGCGAUGAUCCCGAUGUCAUUGCUGCCAAUAUCCUGGAGGUAAAGGUGUCGAGCCCUGACUACCCUGAAAGGAACAGGGAGAAUGUGAUGGAGGACUUCCUAAAGAGAAUUGAGUGCUACAAAGUCACCUAUCAACCCCUUGACCCAGACAACUAUGACAAGGAUCUUUCUUUCAUCAAGGUGAUAAACGUGGGCCAGCGAUUUCUAGUGAACAAAGUCCAGGACUACAUCCAGAGCAAGAUCGUCUACUACCUCAUGAAUAUCCAUGUCCAUCCUCGCACCAUUUACCUUUGCCGGCACGGAGAGAGCGAGUUCAAUCUCUUGGGAAAGAUUGGGGGUGACUCAGGCCUCUCCGUGCGGGGAAAACAGUUUGCCCAGGCUCUAAGGAAGUUUCUGGAGGAACAGGAGAUAGCAGACCUCAAAGUGUGGACAAGUCAGUUGAAGAGGACUAUCCAGACCGCUGAAUCUCUGGGGGUGACCUAUGAGCAGUGGAAGAUUCUGAAUGAGAUUGAUGCUGGCGUGUGCGAGGAGAUGACUUAUGCAGAGAUUAAGGAGCGGUACCCAGACGAGUUUGCGCUUCGAGAUGAAGAGAAAUACCUGUAUCGAUAUCCUGGAGGGGAGUCGUACCAGGACCUGGUGCAGCGGCUGGAGCCUGUCAUCAUGGAGCUGGAGCGUCAGGGCAACGUCCUCGUCAUCUCCCACCAGGCUGUCAUGCGCUGCCUCCUGGCCUACUUCUUGGACAAGGGUGCAGAUGAGCUGCCGUACCUGAGGUGCCCUCUGCAUACCAUCUUCAAACUUACUCCCGUAGCCUACGGCUGCAAAGUGGAAACAAUUAAACUUAACGUGGAGGCUGUGAACACUCACCGUGACAAGCCAACUAACAACUUCCCCAAGAACCAAACCCCUGUAAGGAUGAGAAGGAACAGCUUUACGCCUCUGUCCAGUUCGAAUACAGUAAGGCGUCCAAGAAAUUACAGUGUUGGGAGCCGGCCCCUCGAGCCCCUCAGCCCUCUCCGUGCCCUGGACAUGCAAGAAGGGGCCGACCAGCCGAAGACCCAAGUCAGCAUUCCGGCGGAGACCUCGCUGGCUGUGCAUAGGCUCUCCUCUCCGGCCGCCCCCCCAUUGCUCUCCUGAUGAUGUGAAGGCUGAGGCCAGACCUCUGCGGGAGACUGGCCUACUGAAAAACUUGGCAUGUCAGCUCCAAAGGGGCUUGAACAGGAAGUUCAGUGGGGAUUGGACAUUCGGGGCCACCCAAAUGAGCCCUGAAAAAGCACCACGUUUCUUCCCCUCAUGCCUAAUGGGAAUAUCAGUUACACUGAAAAACUUGACUUCCCUGUGCCUCAAAACAUUUCACAGCCUGAACCAAUUUCGUUUUGAUCAUCUCUUUGCUAGGUUUGGGCCAAGUUGGUCAAUCCUGUUCCAUUUUGGCAUUUAACAUCUGACCUGUGACUGUAUCCCUAGCUGGCUUUCGUUGCCUAAUGUGCAAAUGUACCUCUUCAGAUUUAAUUGUUUCCAAGUGAGAGGGCUGAACUCCAGCAAACCAUUUCUGUGCUGUAAGAGCUAGUCUCUACAUCCACUACAAGUGAGCAGGCUAGGGUACAAUAUACAUAGGUUUGCGGUCACUUUUUUGUCACAUUGGAAACGAGACAAAUUCAUCAGGUGAAUGGAGGGUAUCUGAGAAAUUCAGUCCCUAAAACGUCUCUUCUGCGGUGACGGAAGAGCAGCAUUAGUAGCAAUCUUUUUGUUUAGAGAAGUUUUUCUUGUUUCAGGCCCCUUGAGGGCAGGAUCUGACUACAAGACUCCACAAAAUAUGUACCCUUCUUCUGAGUUCUCUUUUGUAGCUACUGUAUUUUCUACCUGAUACUGUGUGCCUCUCACAGCUGAAGAGGGCUGACAUCAUCCUCUCUCGUGGUUCGAAAUGAGGGCUGGAGAGAAAAGUAGGGUGCCAUUUGGAUCACAUGAAGAAGUAAAAGAAGUUUCCUUGGGAAUCAACUCUCCCAAGGACUUCUUUUGGUUUCAGAACAGGUGCAGGGAGACAUGCCCUUCUGUGGAGUCUGCUACCGUGAUACGGUCUCUAAGAAAGCUGUGGUUAUGACUUCAAGAGCAUCUGGUCUUCUAAUCCCUUCCUCUUAGCUAGUUGUCACUAUUGUGGUCUACUGGUCUCUUAUGUAGAACCUUGGGGGAAUGGGAUGGGGGGACACCAAGCCCUCAAUGCAUUAAUCAUGUGGUUUCCCUUAAAGAUAAACCAAGUAAUUAUUCCUUAGAUCAGUGAUUGUCAAAUGUAUAAAUAUGUCCCUGCAGAUGCAAUUUUAAUAUGUCACUGCUCCUGAAGGAAGGCAUGGAAGCUCCCAAGGAUACUAUAUCUUACAAGCAAAAUCUUUUUUUUAAAAAAAAAGAAUAGUAAGUUAUUAGCUUUUUAAAUUUUUUCCCCCUUUUCAUUCAGAUGCCCACUUGCUGGUCAAGAGGGUGAGUAGCAAGAAGAUGCAAUGCAAUUUUCCCGAAUGGUUCUUGUAUACUGUGGAUGAUACAGGACCCUGUUACCUAAGAUGUGAUGUGCUGGGCUGCUGGCAGUUCAGCAACCAACUAGGAGCUUAUUUUAAGUGCACAAAGCUGCCUUCAGAAAGUCUCCUGACCCUGCUCUGUAGCAGGUAAUUUUCAUCUAGCUGCUCAUAGCAUGUUGUACUGUAAUGAUUUUGUUCUUGUGAUGCAGGUUUCUUUCUGCAUCUAAAUACACUGUCUUUUGAUGAUCUGAUAAAUGUUUUUAUUUAGUUAUUUAUUCAUCCAUGUAAGGUUUUUUUUUUUUUUUUUGCGGUACGCGGGCCUCUUACUGCUGCGGCCUCUCCCGUUGCGGAGCACAGGCUCCGGACGCGCAGGCCCAGUGGCCAUGGCCCACGGGCCCAGCCGCUCCGCGGCAUGUGGGAUCCUCCCGGACCGGGGCAUGAACCCAUGUCCCCUGCAUUGGCAGGCAGACUCCCAACCACUGCGCCACCAGGGAAGCCCAUGUAAGGCAUUUUUAAGUCCCCAUAUUAAUAUCUGCAUGUAUUUAAUCAGAAUGUAAGGUAAUUUGUGUUUGGUAGAAAUUUAGGUAUUUUGAGUAUUUAAGUUUAAAGUCCAUAGUAUUACCUUAAAUUAAAAUUUCAGAAUGUAGGUAUCCGUCUUCUGUAAAAGGAUAAUAACUGUGUGAAGGCACAGUGGAUUUCUUUUGAAUACUUUUUUUUUUUCAUUGAUUUUUAUUAUAAGUAUAAACCAAGAGAUACAUUUCUCUGGAGAAAAGUUUACCUCCUGGAUAAAUAAGAUCAUGCUAAAAUUUGUGAAUAAUAUGUAUUGCUUUUGUAAUAAGAAAUGUAAUAAAAGUUAUUUUUAAU